AGGAGCCAAAACAUCUCAGGAGUAAGCACAAUUUCCAGGACUCCAGUUGAAAAUCUCCUUCUGUAACUUGACAAUCGACUAGAUCAAUUAUUCAAUGGCAGCUUCGAUGUCCGAUAUUCUUCAAGUCCAACGACUUUCGCCCGACGCCACGAUCCCAACAAGGGGGAGCAAGUUUGCCGCAGGAUAUGACCUUUACGCUUCCAAGGAUACGACGAUUCUCAAAGGAGGUCGAGCAGUUGUACCAACAGACAUCACGAUCGCCGUACCACCCUCUACAUACGGACGGGUCGCACCGCGCUCUGGGCUCGCUGUUAAGCACGGAAUUAACACCGGAGCAGGCGUGAUUGAUGAAGAUUAUCGGGGCCCGGUUGGAGUUGUUUUGUUCAAUCAUGGCGAACAAGACUUCCAAGUUAAGAAGGGUGAUCGAAUUGCUCAGCUGGUGAUCGAAAGAAUUGUGACCCCUGAAGUUCGGGAAGUCCAAUCGAUGACUGAGACAGAGCGUGGGGCGGGUGGUUUUGGUAGCACUGGUGGCUUCGGGACUGCUAACCAAGCUUGAGACGACCCAGCUCCCCAGUAUUUUAGGGGAAAUAGUCCACCCGAGACCAAGAAAAAUACAUGAACGAAUUGGAUACAUACCGACAGAAAUAAUCUUUGAAAAAUUAAGGAAAGCUGACCAACUCAAAAAGAAUCAGCAAUCGUUGAGACAACUGGUACGAGAGAAGAGAAGAGGAAAACGAAGAAGUAAAACGCGACUGACAGAAGAAUCUGGACUAUUUGAGUUUGAUGGCUUACUGCUGGUUGAGAUGAAGGCUUUUUAAACUGAGAAAAGCAAAGAAGACCAAUGCCAACAGAAAGCUUCUGGUGAUAAUGGCCAGAAAACUUGAUUGUGUGGGGAACAGAUGAUCUGGGACCUGGGUUGUUU